AUGGCUAUCAAGAAAACCACGUUGUUUGUCGUCGUCUUUAUUAUGCUCCAAGCAGUUUUGAUGGCGAAGGGUAAUUAUUGAUUCUAAAAAGAAAUGAAAUUGCGAAUUAAUGAAUUCUAAGUUGAAUAGAUCACCCUAGGAAACUGAAUGUAAGUUGUAUGAUUUCAUAUGAUAGUUAGCUACCAAUAAGCUGCUUAAACUUUACGGUUUUAGAAAUUAACAACUAUGGAGAAAUAAUAGCAGCCUACUUGGCAGGGGACAUCAGCAAUUCCUAUACUUUAGCAUAUCGUACAUCUUUUCAUGUGAAACCAGGAAUGAUACGUUCAAAAUUAAGUUCAAAGUUAAGUAGGCUAUGUAAGGCCUUGGAAGAAAAAAGAAAAGAAGAAUCUGUUGAGGGUUGAUAAGGUCAUAAAAGCUGUCCAUGAUAGCGCUAAUUGCAUUACAUGCUAUGUUCGCAUGCGUUAAGUAAUUUAUGCAUUGUUACAUUUUUAUUUUUAAGUGACGUUACAUGUAUGAUUUGUCGUACUAAACAAUGCUAAAUUAUGUAGUGUUGCAUUUUUGUUAAAAGUCACAUUGUAUGUAUGUUUUCUCGUAUACAGUCGACAUUCAGUAUUACGAAAAACACGAAAAAAACAAAAAACAAAUGGACAACAUCCAUUUUGUACGAAUGACAAAUUAGUCGGAGGGUUCGAGUUCCCGUUCUAGAUUCAGGAGGACUGUUUCAGGUUUCAUGUUGUUCAACGUGUUCAGCUACUGCCGAGAAUGUAGAUGAAGCGGAGGUAUUGAGUAGUUGUUAUUUUGCUAAUUUUUCUGUAAAAGUUAAGAAUUAUCGGCGGGAUGUAAGUAUUCGAAUGUAUUAAAAUAGUAAAGGGAAUAAAUUGUAUUAUGCAAAGCUUAUUAAAAUGCAAGUGUUUGAUCUCAGAUGAAAAACGUUUUGGAUCUUAGAUGAAAACCGUAAAGAUCUCCAAAUAGGCAUCAGUCAUUGUCUCAUAAGUUCAUGAAUAAUUAAUAAAUUUGAGAAGUGAAAAUCAACCUAGUUUUUAAAACCGCUAUGUUGUAAAUAUUUUAAUUAAACUCUUGUUUCCUUCCUAGUUAGGCUAUUUAAACGUUUAUUGGCUGAUUUUAUUCCAUGAUACUCUUUCCUUGUUCAGGUUGUUGUCCAGACGGCUGGAUUGGAAGUAACUGUUUCUGUUAUUUCGUGAACGGUAGUAGUGAAGUGGAAUGGGGUGAUGCUCGAGAAAUGUGCCAAGCGAUGAACGCUGAUCUCGCCGUUAUCACAUCGGAAACGCAAAAUGACUUCCUCUAUGAUCUGAUAAACUGGAAAAUGCAAGACUCAUGGUAUGGUACCUGGAUUGGGCUCGAACGAAAUGCUACAGAUGAAAACAAGUUCUAUUGGGUUGAUGGCACUCCACUAGCCGGGCAGUACACGAACUGGGCUAGUAGAGAGCCUAACAGCAACGCCGAGAAAUGUGGCCUGUUUUGGGGACCGACAGCAUCACAACCUAACAAGUGGAAUGACGCCCUCUGCGAUUUCUCCAUUCGAGUUUCAGAAGGAAAGCCAAAGCCCCUUGUGCUUUGCCAGAAAGCAGCCGAAAGCGAUUAA